GGAAGUGGGUUCGUCGUCGUGGCAACGCAGCCGGUGUGUGGCGGCGGCCGCGGGGGGCCCGGGGCGGCAGGGCCGUGGAGGUGCCUGGAGAAGCAAUGGCCACAGCAGCCCUUCUGAAUUCGCCACCGCCUCAGCUCAGCUUCCCAAGGGGCACAGCAGUCCCUUCCUCGGGGGCCGUCACCAUGCACGUCGCCAGACCAAAAUCUGCCAAGGGCCGCAGGAGGCCAAGCUUCAGCUGCUCCCAGGGCGCGGGGGCCUGUCCUUGCCGAGUUCCACCUUCCCCGCCAGCGGCGGCUCGCCAGCAGCUGGCAAACAGCCGCAGAGGCUUGUCCACGACGCCGGCGUUGCCGGCCGGGCGGGUGGCUGCUGGGGAGAUCCCAGCGCUCCUGCAGCAGGUGCCUCAGAGGAGCUGCUCUUCCCUCAACAGGUACAGGGUGCUCCCCUCCAUCGGCUGCGGAGCCGCUGCGGUGCAGGCGCUGGCAGAGCGCGCCGGGCGGCUGGACUUGGGGGAGAGGCAGGAGGACACUCCCCAGAGCAGAGCUGCUGCUGGAGAGCAGGGCAGGGCCAGUGCUCUAUCAGAAAGGGAUGGCCCCGAUGUGGAGAGCUCACACAUGCAGCCUCCUCCUGAGAAGCCAGGAAGGAAAACGAGGCAGGAGAGCCCUUCAGGGCUGACUUUAGAUGUGGACAAGUGGCCUCAAGAAGAGCCAGAGCUGCUGCUCGCCGUUCGAUCUCCCUCCGGCCAGAGGUUCGAGCACUGUUUCAAGCCCAGUGACAGCCUCCAAGCUGUCUUGGCCGUGGCAGAGCAGAAAACAUCAUCCAGAUACAAACACUGCAGCCUUGAAACGAUGGAGGUGCCCCGGAGGACCUUCUCUGACCUGACCAGAUCCCUCCACCAGUGUGGGAUCCUCCACAAGUCUGUGCUCUGUAUCCGCCUCAAGGAGCAGCGCGACACAGAGCUUUAGGUGCAGAGACACCAGCCUGGGUGGUUCUGCUGGGAGAGGUACUUGACUUCUGAGAAAUGAGUCUCCUGGGCUUUUCUUCAUCUCACCAUCUUCCUCAAGCUGCCCCUGAAGCAGACCUCUGUGUCCAUGUCUUGAGAUAAUAUUGCAGGUGAACCAGCCUGCUACGUACACAGCACCUUGUGUCACCUGUGCCAUCACAAACUGCUUCCUGAGUGCCACCAGCCUUUGGCCUUUUGGCUCUUUUGCAACCUGUUGAUGUUCUUCUUUGGAGACUGAGGUUUCUGAGACCUUUUCCUAUGCUUCAGAAAGGUAAAUCCUGAGUAAAUCACUUUCCAGAGUGAAUGCAGAUGCCUCUGUGCCUGUUUGGAAAGGUGGAACCAGAAGUGGUUUACUCUGGAGGAGCAUCUUCAGCAGGUUGUCAUCGUCUUCUUCUUGAGAGUGACUGAAAAGGAGCUCAACCCCCCAGACCAGCUGCAGAUAACAGGAGUAAGAUGUUAAUGAUUCUUGUGAGGUAUUAGACUGUUGGACAUGACCAUGGGUCAGCAAUUUACCCUUCUGGCCAAGGGCAGUGGCAGCCUGGGGUGUAUCAUGAAGAGUAUGACCAGAAGGGAGAUUCUUCUGCUCCUCUGCUCUGGUGAGGCCAGAUCUGGAAUCCUUAGUCCAGUUCUGGGCUUGCUCCCCAGUUCAAGGACAGGGCACAGCAAAGGGCUACAAACCUUAGCCAGGGAGGGCAAAGGAUUUCCCCUAGCUGCAGGCCCAGGAACUGUUUUCUGUGUUUCACUCGAUGCUGGCUGGGCAAUUCCCUUCUGCCCCUGUGUGUUGUGGUGCUGCUGCAGUUCAGUGUUUGCACACUGUGCUGUGGAGCCACCAAUAAAACCUUUCAGGCUGAAA